AUGGCACUACCAUUCUACGGAGCUGUUGUGUUGAGUCAUUUGUAUAUUGUGUCAAUGAGGUAUUUGAUUCCCACUCGUACUUUCAUUCCUGUCUCUAUUCCUUCCUCAUCUCCUUCCCUCCUAUCCGCCUCAGGUCCUCCUCCUCCCCUCCUUCCUCCUCUUCUCCACAUUCCUCCUCCUCCUCCUCCUCCCUCUUCCUCUUCCUCCCUUUUCCUACUCCUAGUCUUCUCUCCAAUCCUUCUCCUCCUCCCCUUCCUUCCUCUCCUCUUCCUUCUCUCCUCCCAUUGUCCUACUCAUAAUUCUUCUCCCCAUUCCCCCCCCAUUCCCUCCUCCUCUCCCUUACUCACCUCCCCCAUUCCUCCUUCCUGGUCCUCCUCCUCCUACUCCUCUUCCUCCUCCCUGCCUCCUCCUCCUCUCCCUCUUCCUCCUCCUCCUCCCCCCCUCCCUUCGCAAUGCAGCAACGACCUUCCCAAAUAA